GUGCCGCCCUGGAGGACGGGAAGGGCAAGUGUCCCUACGACCCCGCUAAAGGCCACACCGGCCUCAUCGUGGAUAAGGAGCUGUACUCUGCCACUCUGAAUAAUUUCUUGGGCACGGAGCCGGUGAUCCUGCGCAACCUGGGACAGCAGCACUACAGCAUGAAGAGCGAAUACCUGCCGGCCUGGCUUAACGAGCCGAACUUCGUGGGUUCUGCUCUGGUGCGUGAGAGCAGGAACAGCCGCGAGGGAGACGACGAUAAAAUCUAUUUCUUCUUCAGCGAGAGAGCCGUGGAGCUCGACUGUGACGGAGACCUGACUGUAGCCCGGGUGGCCCGUGUGUGUAAGGGUGACCAGGGGGGAACUCGGACGCUGCAGAAGAAGUGGACGACGUUUCAGAAGGCUCGUUUGGUUUGUUCCAUCCCCGAGCGCCACAUCACCUUCAACCACCUGCAGGCCGUGUUCACCAUGCAGGGAGCUGAUUGGAGGAACACCGUCUUCUACGGAGUUUUCCACGCGCAGUGGGGGGACGUGGACGUCUCGGCCGUGUGUCAGUACCACAUCGCAGACGUGAAGAGCGUGUUCGAGGGCCCGUAUAAGGAGUACCGCGAGGCGUCUCAGAGAUGGGGGAGAUUCAUGGGCGUCGUGCCGAACCCACGGCCCGGAGCGUGUAUCACUAACUUCGACAGAGAGAACGGCUAUAACAGCUCACUGCAGCUGCCGGACGCCACGCUGAACUUCGCUAAGAAACACCCGCUGAUGGAGCUGAGGGCCGAAGCUCAACCCCUGAUGCUCACCAAGGGCGUGAACUUCACCCGAAUCGCAGUGGACCGAGUGAACGCCCUCGACCAGAGAACGUACAGUGUGCUGUUUAUUGGAACAGCUGAUGGAUGGCUCCAGCGAGUGGCGAUUGUCGGAUCUGAGGCUCAUGUGAUCGAGGAAAUCCAGCUGUUUGAUUGGCCGCAACCAGUCGACAGUCUGACCAUCUCGCACAGCAAGAAGUACUUGUAUAUCGGCUCUCGGUCGGAGGUGUUGCAGUUGCCCUUGGCUAACUGCAGUCGUUAUCACUCUCAGCCGGACUGCUGGCUGUCCCGAGAUCCGUACUGCGCCUGGGACAGCGAGGGACGAGCCUGCGUCCGCAUCGACCUCCACCGCGGGUCCACGUCGACUCUCACUCAGGAUCUCACGCUGGAGAGGUUCAAUCGAGGGUCAAAGGCGAAGUUUGAUAAGCCGGUGUCCAUCCCGAGUCCGGAACAUUCCCGGCUGAGGAAUGUGACCGUGGUGGUGGGUUCGGACCUCGUCCUGCCGUGCCAGCUGGUCUCGAACCUGGCGCGUCCGUCGUGGGCGCUGAACGAGCGCGAGUUGUUGCUCUCGUCUGACUCGGAUACUUCGGGUCCCCGUUUCGACCGCGCCCUUCGUGCCCUGGUCAUCCCCCGGGCGGGGACCCACCAGGGCGGACGCUACGUGUGCUACUCCGAAGAGCAGGGAGUGAAGUUCCAGACGGAGCGCUACCUGGUGGUGGUGGUGACCAGCGCGCCGGUGUUUAUGGAAGCACGAGAGCCGGAUGCCAGCAUGGGGCUUUUCUGGGUGCUCGUGAUUGCGUUAGGCGUCACUUGUCUGGUGCUGCUCAUCGGCGCCCUCUACCUGCGGCGGAGGCUGAAAUUAGCGCUGGGGAAAGCGGGAACUGCCGAGAUGAAGCCGUUAGAGAGUACGCUGGUCUACCCGAUCACGCUGCCCAAGGAGACGCCGAGCUUCGUGCCUAGCAAGAUGCCCACCAGCUCAAACAACGACGAGGAUCGCUUCUGGGAAACCGGAGCCAAUUUUUACUAUUCGGACGGAUCGUUGAAGAUCGUGCCUGGACACGCGUCCUCGUCUUCGCCGAGCGCCAUUCCCGGGCAGCCGCUGCACUCGCCGAGCCGCCUGAGCCUCACGAACAUCCGGAACUCCGGCACCAACGGGUACGUUCGACUCAGCCUGAGCGUGGCGGGCGAGGACCGGCCGAACGGAGGGAUGAGCGCGGGAGGAGUGGGAGGAGUUGGAGGAAAGCUGGGGAUCGGCGCCAGGGAGAACGACUACACCAGCCCUUUUAAGGAGGAGCUACGGAGGACACUGCAGCAGAGAAGCGUCCUGCCUGACGCAAACCCGGAAGAGUCGUCAGUGUAGAGCACAAACAGAGACGCCAAACAGUCGCCUACCUCCCUCCUUCACGGAGAAACAUCCUUCCUCUCUCUUUCACUAUCUCGCUCCUUCCUUUCUUCCAUCGGACACAUCUUCUCUCUCUCUCUCUCUCUCUCUCUCUCUCUCUCUCUCUCUCUCUCUCUCACCCUCUCUCUCACUCUCUCUCGGCUAACGCCAUCGACCCAAUCCAGCAAGUGGCAUGCUAAUGCUAAGACAGCGUCAUGAUCUCUCCAUCAACAAAACGGUUAUCAUUUCAUCGUGACGUCUAACCGGGGGGGGGGAGGCUUUAGCUGUCACUCAAACAAGUGGGAGGAGCCACACCUAUUUUUUGCGUUCUGUUUCAGGAUUGGACGAGGAAGAGAGGGAGGGAGGGAGUGAGGGAGGAAAAAAAUUUUCAGCAAGACGACAAUCAUACUUUUUGAAACAAAAAAGUGUGAAAGCGAAGAGAGAGGACAAAGUAAAAAAAAAAAAAAAAAAAAAAUGAAGGGAGCUGUAAAAGAACGACAAACUUUAUACUUCAGACUUUCUGAACAGCUCGUGUGUUUUUUUUUAUUAUUAUUGUUGUUUUAUUUUGAAUUUUUUGGUUUUCUUUCUCCUGAGAAUGUCUUCAGACUCAAAGCACUAAUAUAUUGCGACGUUUGUAAUUUAAAGAUUUUUCCGCGUAUUUCUGAGACUUUUUCCGAAACGACGGAGAAGGACGCACGGACGUUGCGUCGCCUCGGGUGGAAUGUGAAAAGCAGAACGGGCGGUGUCCUUUAUCUCGCCGUCCUUCAUCCACGGAGCCGAGCGUUUGACGCCGACUUGGGGAAACUGAUGAACUGCGCUCGUGCUAAGCCAACAACUGUACAUCAUCACUGUAAAAAAAAAAAAACAAGAAAACAAGGAUGUUUCAACAAGUGCAUUACUGCGUAUAAAUCACUUCUGGAUAUUUACUUCGCCGUGGAUAAGCUGACCCUGAUUGGACGCCAAAGGCUGGAUUGAUGCCACAUUAUCCGAUCAGAGCCUGCGCCCGAUUCGACACGGUGUCUCACACCUCACAGACUCAACCGCCAGACAAAAGACAAGGACAUUUUCUCAUUUGCGUAUAAUAGUUGCUGAUGUACAACCGAAGGAGACGUGGGGUCAUAAAUCCGUGAGGAGGUACUACAGCGGACUCUGGCGCCGGUCUCCACUUUCUUGCAUGACGUUCUACAAGCCGGCGAUUUUUUUCUCUUUUUUUUU